UUGUCUUUUUGCUGAUUUCAAGGUGAAAAUACACCUCCAGUUUCGAUCCAAACGGAGAAAUUUUGUAUUUCUAGGCUGGCGGUUUAAAGAUGAAGUUCUGAGAACUCCGGAGGGACUCAUCAGGGCAAGGGAAGUCAGGCUGACUGGGAGAUCUCAGGGUUGAUGAGGACCCUAACAUGAAUGGGCGGGCCCUUAGAAAUUCGAAUGGAAUCAUGCUUUGAGAGUGAAACUGCUGAGAAUCAGUGCUUUAUGAAUGAGGUGAUUGUCACCUUCAGGGAAUUAUAAAUGUGUACUGAUGGAGACUUGGCAUUAAGGCCAGAUCAAGCGGCUAGAUAGGCUUUAUUCCCAGGAGUAGACUCAUUGAAAAGACCCCCUAGUUGUCUUAAGCAAUGCAUGGAAACGGUACUUAUGGGAAAGGUGUGAAGAUGGCGUGGAAGACUUGCAGCAUUUCUCUAUUUAGAGCUGUCUGUCUGCAUUCUGAUUGGGAACAUUGGGAUCAUUUUCAUCAUGCCAACAGUAGUGGUAAUGGAUGUGUCCCUUUCCAUGACCCGACCUGUGUCUGUCGAGGGGUCUGAGGAAUAUCAGCGCAAGCACCUCGCAGCCCAUGGUUUGACAAUGCUGUUUGAGCACAUGGCCACAAAUUACAAACUUGAGUUUACAGCCCUUGUGGUUUUUUCAUCGCUCUGGGAACUGAUGGUGCCCUUCACAAGAGAUUAUAACACCCUACAGGAAGCACUAAGUAAUAUGGAUGAUUAUGAUAAAACCUGCUUGGAGUCUGCAUUAGUUGGCGUUUGCAACAUUGUUCAGCAAGAAUGGGGUGGUGCAAUUCCUUGCCAGGUUGUUCUGGUGACAGAUGGCUGUCUUGGCAUUGGUAGAGGGUCACUGCGGCAUUCCCUAGCUACACACAGUCAACGAAGUGAGAGCAACAGGUUUCCACUACCUUUUCCUUUCCCAUCUAAGUUAUACAUCAUGUGCAUGGCAAAUUUGGAGGAGCUUCAGAGCACUGAUUCCUUGGAUUGCCUUGAACGUCUCAUAGACUUAAACAAUGGCGAAGGGCAGAUUUUUACUAUUGAUGGCCCCCUGUGCUUGAAAAAUGUACAGUCUAUGUUUGGAAAACUGAUAGAUUUGGCAUAUACUCCUUUCCAUGCUGUUCUCAAGUGUGGCCACCUAACCGCUGACGUGCAAGUCUUCCCCAGGCCAGAACCUUUUGUUGUAGAUGAGGAAAUCGAUCCUAUCCCUAAAGUCAUUAACACAGAUUUGGAAAUAGUGGGAUUUAUUGAUAUAGCUGAUAUUUCAAGUCCCCCAGUUCUGUCCAGACAUCUGGUCCUACCUAUAGCACUUAACAAAGAAGGCGAUGAAGUGGGUACUGGCAUAACUGAUGAUAAUGAAGAUGAAAAUUCAGCCAAUCAGAUUGCAGGCAAAAUACCCAACUUUUGUGUCCUGCUCCAUGGCAGCCUAAAAGUGGAAGGAAUGGUAGCGAUAGUUCAAUUAGGUCCUGAAUGGCAUGGAAUGCUCUACUCCCAAGCUGACAGCAAGAAGAAAUCAAACCUCAUGAUGUCUCUCUUUGAGCCUGGCCCAGAACCUCUCCCAUGGCUAGGGAAAAUGGCACAGUUGGGUCCUAUUUCAGAUGCUAAAGAAAACCCUUAUGGUGAAGAUGACAAUAAGAGCCCAUUCCCCCUGCAGCCCAAAAACAAACGCAGUUAUGCCCAGAAUGUGACUGUCUGGAUCAAACCCAGUGGCCUGCAGACAGAUGUACAGAAGAUUUUAAGAAAUGCAAGGAAACUACCUGAAAAAACACAGACAUUCUAUAAGGAGCUGAACCGUUUACGAAAGGCCGCCCUGGCCUUUGGUUUCCUGGACCUGCUCAAAGGGGUGGCUGACAUGCUGGAAAGGGAGUGCACACUACUUCCUGACACAGCCCACCCCGAUGCUGCGUUCCAGCUGACCCACGCUGCCCAGCAGCUCAAGCUGGCCAGUACUGGCUCCUCCGAGUAUGCCGGCUACGACCACAAUAUCACACCUUUGCAGACAGACUUCUCUGGGAGCAGCACUGAAAGAAUGUGAAGACCUCCCUGAGGCUGCCUCAGAAGCACCUCUUGCUGGUUUGAAUGACUCUGCUACAGUCUGAAAAGGGUUCUGAAGGGUGGUUGGCUGCUUAGGCUUUGACUUUAGCUUUCUGGGGCUCAGUCUCUUUAAACCCAAGACACUUGUUGCUCUCAUGAUUGGUACAUCUCCUGAGAAGCUUGAAGGACUGAUGAGCACAGAGCUCUCCCCCUUUCUCAGGAAACCUAACUAGCAAGGGUCCUCUGGCCUCCAAAAGGUGUCUUUUAUCAAACAUAAGGACAUUUUCAAGCUUAUGUCCCUGGAAUAAGCAAUCCAAACUGUCUGGGUUUGCUAAGUACAAGCCCUACACCACUAAGUUUCAGAACUUAGAACUUGGGCAAAACUUGGUGGUAACCCUUAGGUGCUUUUGGUAUGUAUUGAGAUAUACUUUUAAAUAGCAACCAUAAAUGUAUAAAAUUAUUCCUGAUUCUUCAAGA